AUGCUCCCACCGCUCACUCUUCCAUACCUGUUACCACACCUGCUCCCACCGGUCACUGUUCCAUACCUGUUACCACACCUGCACCCACCGGUCACUGUUCCAUACCUGUUACCACACCUACUCCCACCAGUUCCACACCUGCCUCACCUGACGCAGACGCUGCCUCACCUGACGCAGGCGCUGCCUCACCUGACGCAGGCGCUGCCUCACCUGACGCAGGCGCUGCCUCACCUGACGCAGGCGCUGCCUCACCUGACGCAGGCGCUGCCUCACCUGACGCAGGCACUGCCUCACCUGACGCAGACGCUGCCUCACCUGACGCAGACGCUGCCUCACCUGACGCAGACGCUGCCUCACCUGACGCAGACGCUGCCUCACCUGACGCAGACGCUGCCUCACCUGACGCAGACGCUGCCUCACCUGACGCAGACGCUGCCUCACCUGACGCAGACGCUGCCUCACCUGACGCAGACGCUGCCUCACCUGACGCAGACGCUGCCUCACCUGACGCAGACGCUGCCUCACCUGACGCAGACGCUGCCUCACCUGACGCAGACGCUGCCUCACCUGACGCAGACGCUGCCUCACCUGACGCAGGCGCUGCCUCACCUGACGCAGGAGCUGCCUCACCUGACGCAGACGCUGCCUCACCUGACGCAGACGCUGCCUCACCUGACGCAGGCGCUGCCUCACCUGACGCAGGCGCUGCCUCACCUGACGCAGACGCUGCCUCACCUGACGCAGACGCUGCCUCACCUGACGCAGGCGCUGCCUCACCUGACGCAGGCGCUGCCUCACCUGACGCAGGCGCUGCCUCACCUGACGCAGGCGCUGCCUCACCUGACGCAGGAGCUGCCUCACCUGACGCAGACGCUGCCUCACCUGACGCAGGCGCUGCCUCACCUGACGCAGACGCUGCCUCACCUGACGCAGGCGCUGCCUCACCUGACGCAGACGCUGUGA